AUUUGCAGUGCAGAAAAUAAAACAGAAAUAAAGUCUUGCAGCGACGCUUCAAUUUCAAAAUAAUUUGUUCUAUUCAAUCACACAUGAGUGAAUUCCUUAAGCCCUACACAAUGUUAACAUGGGGUUACAAGUAAAAUAACCAAAUAUGCAAAGGUGAAAAUUGUGGAAGUGCUUCAGCAACUAAAGAUCGUGCUUCAGCACUGGCAAUCAUAACCUAAGGUUUUUCAAGGCUUAUGUCUAUGAAUGUCGGAUGCAGAAGUAAAAGAAAAAACGUGGAAUCUGAUUGAACAGCUUAUUGAAACAGAGGAUACCUUUAUGAGUAUUUGCCAAUUCCAUUGCCUUAGCUUUGAGUUCUUCCAGAAAAACAUGAAAGAUAACAGCUUCUGUUUACAUAAGCAAGAAAAGCUGCUUUUGCAUGUAGAUUUCUGCAGUUUCCUAUUAAACUCUAAUUUGUCAUAAGAAUAUUAGUUUAAAAUUUGCUUGCGAAAUUGGUUUCAUGCAAAAGUUUAGUCGAUACAUUGGCAUCCAGGGAACAUUGCAAGGUGUUAGAUCGCAAGCUAACUUUGUUGAUGUGCUGAUUUAGAUGGUUUCCCAAGCGAACUGUUCCGAUCUCUGGUAUCGGUUGUUUCGUCAGGACUAUUAAAUGCAGUUUUGCUUUUUUUAGCUCUCAACCCGUAUUGACAUUUUUUAAACAGAACAAACCAUAUUGUAUUGACAAUACAAAGCAGUGCAGUUUAGCAUUGAGAUGUAAUUCCACUUUAUUCAGCUGGUAUUAAUUUGGCAUGGAGCAUAUAGAGUGGCUGGCUACGGCAUCAAAAACCACUGAGUUGCCAUUUUCAAACGUAAGAAAGGUGACUUGUGGUUCAUGAAAUUUUCAUUUCUUAAAUUUGAAUUUUCUUAUUUCCAGUUGUUAAAGUAUAUGGCUUGGCAUGUGUUCGUACUUCAUUGAUCAAUAAUUCAUCGCGCCAACUGCUUUCAUAUAUUGCCAACUGAAGUAGUGAUCUUUUUAUGGUCGUUGUGUGCUUUGUUUCGUCAUACACGUUGUCAAAGAUGCAUGUCGCAGUUUUUAGAAGCAAGCUCUGUGGUUUAGUCGAUUCAAUUCCUGAGUGACCUGAAUUUGCUUCUUAGCAAGUCUAAAGUUUCGAAAGGAGUGAUUACUAUGGUCUGGAAAUGGGACUCCAUUAACAAAAUUAUUAAAGAUGAUUGCCGUUAAUGAUUCACAGGAAACUAAGUCAGAUGUAGCUUUGAAUUUAUCGCAGUCGACCCAGCCACCCUGGAAAUUAUCAAGCGAACUCAAGUGCUCCUUGUACGUUUUAUACACACUAAUCAGUUCAUUUGGAAUCAGUGGAAACAUUGCAGUUUGCUACAUUCUCGGAAUUAAGAAAAAGCGAAAAAGAAGAUUCGAUAUUCUAUUGAUUUCUCUAGCUUUUGCAGAUUUGCUUGCAUUGAUAUCGGGAUCUGUAACAAUGAUAGGUGAUUUAGCUGGAGAUUUGAGUCAUUGGUAUUUUGGGUCGUUUCUUUGUCAACUGCUGCCAUCAAUCGCUCCCGUCACGCUGUUUGUGUCGUCAUGGACUUUGGUGGUUAUUUCAUUCGAUCGUUACCAAGUCAUGCGCAGACGACGACGCGCUGAGUUGUCGCUGCGAGUCAUUGCACUGCAGUUAGCUGCGGUCUGGAUCUUGGCUGUUUCGAUGACAUUUCCGUACAUGGUUGGGUCACAAUACGAGAAUUCCCAAUGUUUAACUGUACCGUUAUGGCCUCCGCAUCCCUGGGUCAUGUACGUUGGAUUUUGGAUCAUCACCGGCUGGGGAGUUCCUCUACUUAUGAUAGGUAUCUUUUACUGCUUAGUUCUUCGAUCGCUUUCCAAUGGACUCUCCGAAGGAUGCCAUUUAACCAUUCUGCAAAAGAGGCUCAAGCGUAAUAAAGACAUUUUAUCAAUGUUUAUCGUCAUCGUUUGUGUCUUCUUCUUGUUGACAACGCCGUAUGCUGCGUUUUACUUCUCCGCCACUUAUUUGAUGCUGUUGAGGCCGCAAAGCAUCGAUCAUGGAACAGCUCAACAAGUCAAUUACGCCCUGUUCACGCUGAUGAUGGUCAACUCCAGUAUCAAUCCAGUCAUUUAUGCAAAACUACAUAAAGAGGUCAACAUGUUUGUUGUAAGAUACUGGAAACGUUUCACAGACCAACUUCGUGCACUUUGCUGCCCUCUGUCAAGUCCAAAAAUCGUUGUUUAUGAGAUGGCAGCUGAGAGAGGGAAUGCAAAGAACCAGUCCAGCAUGGCCGAACUAUGUAGACAUUCAUUCAGCACCGAAAGAAGUUCUGAGGUUUGCGAUUUUAGAAACAAAUGUUACUUUUGCCUGCCAAUUAUCAUAGAAACCAAAUCAAAUAAAAGAGAUAACAAAACUACAUAUAAUGAGCUGAUUACACUCGACGGAGAAGAUUAUACUGCUGUUUAUUCCAGACAUUGUUGGGUUAUUCAACCGGUCACAGGGUUUUCCUUAGGUAAAGUUUUUCGACAGCUUUCCACCCUGCUUUUUGCUAAGAGGCUUAGUCGGGGUAUCAAAAUUUCUCCUGGUUAUUAUCUGCACGGCUCGGUUUGACAGUUUUUCUUGCUUUUCUUUCAAUAAGUAACACGUAAUUAAGUUAUGUUUACUUGUUUCAGUUGUUAAUAUUUAUCAAUUUGCUGCAAUAUUAUGGCAUAAUUUGAUGAAUAUUGUAUCACUUCAUUAAAAUAGUUUAUGUAAAUAGUUUGUUAGGAAUACUACAGUGUUACAAAUUGAACAAUACUGAGUAGCCAAAAUAUUGCAGUGAUAGGAUUUUGCAAUGAUCAAUGCGAAGACUGAAACAAAACAGUAUGAUACUGCAAAUCUGUGCUCGAGAGAGUGGAUUUCAACUUUCUAGAUACGUUUUCCAGAGCUCUCUCUCAUGGGCACAUUUCUACGUUAUUACUACCUGUACAUCACAAGUGGGAGGGAGUAGCUGUGUAUUUAACUGUAAAAGAUGCGUACAAAUGUGAUUGUUAGCAGUGAAUGAAGUUUCUCAUGGCGGUUUAUUAACGAUGAUGAUUGCCUAACAGAAGUUGCAGAUUAAAUAUGCGGUAAAAAAGAACAUUAGGAAACAAAUCAGAAAUGGAUGACAGAAGAAAUCCUAGAUAUUAUGGAAGAAAGAAGAUUUGCAAAAAUGACACAACAAGAUAUAAAGUAUUAUCCAAAAUAAUUAACAAAAGAUGCAGGAAAGCUAAAGAACAGCACUAUGAUGAAAAAUGUAAGGAGAUCAAACUUCUAGACAAUUCACACAAUCUAAUCACGUAUCAAAAAAUCAAAAACCUUAAAUUUGUCCUAAUGAAAUUUUUAAUAUCUGAUAUCAAGUAUGGUUCUUUUCAUUUUGUACAUUUUCAUGUUGUAGAGAUGAAAAUAAGAAAGAUCACUGAAGCAAACCCUAUUGCGUAAAAGAUCACUGAAGCAAACCCUAUUGCGUAAAACUUUAAGAGGCAACUAAGGCAAAAAGUGACCAAUAAAACGCAAACAGAUCAAAAUGUCAUAAAAAUACAAUAAUCUCUUCAGGCCCGCUUUUAGUGUGUUGGGGCCCUGGGCCCAAAGUUGAUUGGGGCCCCUUAAAAUGUACCAUCAAAUUUGUUUCACAUUCACUGCACAGUACUUGGCUAAACAUAAUCAACCAACUAUAAAACACGAAUAAACUUGUAUCCAUUGCGCAUUUCAGUACAUUCCCAAUAAAACUGCCUAACUGCUGGAAACUUUUCGAUGGGGUCUAGAACUGCCAGGACAUCAAAAUCUGCUGCCAUUAAACAUAAGGAAACAAUGCGCUACUGUGACAUUGUGGACCUUGGCUCACACUCUUUUUACUUACCCUUUUCAGCAAGGUGAAAUAUUUUUCACCGGGGAAACAUCUGUAUAGCAAAUUGAGCAACAAACUAAGGGCAGUCAUUGCAUUGGGGGAAGCUUCAACCAGGACAAGCGAAAGUUUCAAAAGCCCUGGGGUAAAAACAAAAUAUGAGGCCCCCUGCGAGCGGAGCGAGCUGAAAAUUGACCACGUCCUUUAUCCCAUUCUGAAAAUGGAAUUCGUUACUUUACGAGGCCCCCUAGAUUGAAAUCAAGAGCACUUGAAAGGCUUUUAAAACUUUGCACGGUGCCCACUGAAUCGAAGAAUUUUAGGGGGCCCAUAGGUAAAUGCGUCAUUGAGAUUCUUAGUUACUUUUCUUGGAAGAUUAAGCAAAUCAAAAAAUAUACGCCUCUAAGAGAGCUCAUCGGCAUUAUUUGAAAUGACAUUUUUAAAAUUUUGAAAUAACCUCAGCUGUAUAUUCUACUAUUUAUCCUUUAAGAAGACACCGGUUUUCUUGCUGAGCUAUUUCAAUUCAAAGUUUAGCAUUUUGUACAAAAGAAAAUAAAAGUUGUCAGCGUUGAUAGUGCAGUUCACCUUUCUUUAUUUACAAUUUGGUACCCUAUCUAGCUAUGCAUACAAGCUAAUUAAAACCAACUUAUUUAAAUUACCAACGCUAAAUAUAAUAUAAAUCAAAUAUAACCGAUGCUGCUAACAUAUUCCUUGCAAAGAUUACAAGUACAAUUAAACGAUGUAAAUUCUGAGAUUUUUUUUUGAAUAUUGAUAAAGUAGGGGUAGUACUUUAUCUCAUUUGGAAUUGAGUUCUAUAUUUGGCUUAAUAUGUAUGAUACGGUAUAAAAUCCAUAUAUUUUGUAAUGUGGCUCCGCUGUUUUGAAUUGGGAGUUUCUUAAGUAAUAUGGACAUUCAUUUAUAGAAAAUAUUUCAUCCAUAAAAGGUGGAUUCAAUCCGUUAAAUGUUUUGUAAAUUUCUAUCGCAAGAUAUUGUAAAUUUUUCUUAUGAGAAGUUAUUGUUUUAUUCCUUAUUAAAAGUUGUUCAAAAGUUGAUUCACAAUCAUCAUGAGCUAUUCUCAUUGCUCUUUCAUGAAUCCGGUUUAUUCGAUUUUUACUUUUCCUACUGCAAAACAUCCAAAUAAGAGGACAAUAAUUAAAAUAUGAUAAUAUGAACGUUUUCAUUAAAAAAUUCGCUUAGAUUCGUCCAUAUACGAAGCAAUCCUGGCUAGAGCGUUUACCUUUUUCCCAGUUUCUUUACAAAAAACUUUAAUAUGUUCUUCUAAUCUAAGUUGAUGGUCUAGUGUUACUUCCAAAAGUUUAACAUUCUUACUUUCUAUUAUGCUAGAACCAUUUAUUUGAAUUUUAGAUUCCUCUAAAUUGGAUCGAUUGGCUUUAAAUGUUAUAAGCUUGCUUUUAUCGCCAUUGAGCACCAACAAAUUUCAUAAAACCAUUUAUUAAGAAUAGCUGCUUCCGAUUCUAAGUCGUCAGUUAGUUCAUUCAUAUCAGUACUUGACAGCUAAAUUGUAUUAUCAUCUGCAUAGUUGCAUAAGUUGCUUUUGUUCAAAUGCAGCAAAAUAUCAUUUAUGGAAAUAUUGAAAAGCAAAGGGCCUAAUACUGAUCCUUGAGGAACUCCUUGCUUUGUUUCCAUCCAUUCACUAAAUUCUGAGUUUAUUUUUACUCGUCGUACUCUUUAAUCUAGAUAACUAUACAUAAAUUCCAUUGCGUUGUCGCUAAAGCCAUAAGAUUUCAAUUUGGCUAGUAGAAGUAUAUGGGGUAAAAAAUCAAAUGCUUUUGAUAAAUCCAUAUGCACUGUACCAGCCACAUCUUUUUUAUCCAGGCACUUUUUUCAGACCUUUAAUAAGUCGUAAUAAAGCAUGUUGUGUGCUAUAACCUUUUCUGAAUCCACAAAGCAAAGGGAAUAGUUUAACAAUGAUGUAAUUGUAGAUUUGAUUGAACAUUAUUCUCUCAAAAACCUUUGAAGCUGAGGGGAGCACACUUAUUGGUCUAUAAUUCUCUUUACUAGUUGAAUCUCCUUUUUUGAAAAUAGGGCACACAUUAGCCAUUUUCAUAAGAAAGGGAAACGUUUUAUCAGAAAUAGAUCGAUUGAAUAUUUCAGCUAGUGGUCCAGAGACAACGUCUAUUGCCAUUCUAAGAACUUUUAGGAGGAUGUUAUCGGC